AUGGCUGAUUGUGCAGAACUUCCCGAUGAUCUGAUUGCUCACAUUGCAAAUCAUGUUAAAGUGAUUGAAGAUUUCAUUGCUUUUCGCGCUGUUUGUACCUCUUGGCAAAUUGCUGCUACCAAGGACAAUUUUGAUGUGUUCUCGACCCAAGUUCCACUGCUAAUGCUGGGUGCCAAAGAUGACGAUUUUCAAGAAUUUUACUCUCUUUCCAAGAAGAAAGUUUCGCAUAUAUUUCUCCCUGAAGCUAGAGGACGAGAAUGCUUUCCAUUGGGGGAAUGGCUCUUCACCAUGGAAGAUAAUACCGGAGAGCUGAACUUGUUGCAUCCUUUCUCCCGCACCCAAAUUCAACUUCCUUCACUAGAGGACUUAAUGGCUUCUAAGGGUCUCAGAGAAAAACUGUUCUUGAGCUGCGUAGAAAAAGUUGCCUUAUCUGCCAAUCCUUCUAUUACAUCAGAUUACGUAUUAAUGAUUAACUAUCACGCAGGUUCUAAUCAUUUGGCUUUUUGGCGACCUAGAGAUCUCCAUUGGACUUAUAUCAACAAAGAAAUUCCCGAUGCUGCCAUGAGUAUAAAUUAUUAUAAGGGUCAUUUUUAUUACGUUACAUGCGAGGGUGAAUUAUGGAGCUUUGAAGUUGCAGGGCCUAACACACCCAAGCCGAUUGUAGAACCAGGCUUGCUUUAUUGGCCGGAAGAUGGUAUCUUUGGUCAUUGUUCAGUUCAGUUUUAUAUAGUUGAGCUAUCUGAUGCGCUAUUAUUUGUUAUGCGAUAUGCCAAUUAUACAGAUGAUCCAGAGGCUGGACAUAAGACCUUUAAAUUCAAAGUCCUUGAAUUAGAUGUAAUCAAGGGUGAAUUAAAGGAAGAGGUUAAAACCUUGGGAGAUUCAGCAAUUUUUGUAGGGUUGAAUAGUGGAGCAUGUUCUGUUGACUCCUCUAAAUUUACCGGAAUUAAGCCUAAUCACAUAUACUUUACUGAUGAUUGGUUUCAGAAAUUGUACUUCAUGGAAGAUGUUGGAGGAAAAGAUACGGGGGUUUACAAUCUUGAAAACGGAAAAAUUGAAUCUAUUUAUCCUGAAUUAUCACUAAGUCGUAUUUAUCAGCCAACUUGGGUUAUGCCAUCACUAAUAAUGUGA